CAACUGCUCUCUCACUGACUUUACUGCACAAAUGUAAGCAGGAGCUGUCGGAAAGCACCCUUCCGCACGACACAAGUCAUACAGUCUUAGCAAGCUUGACCUAGUGCGAGGCAGUUGCUCGGAGUUGAGAUAUUUUUGCCAAAUAAACAUUUAACUCACGUUUGGAGGUGCUUCUAUUUACCGGUACCUUGUCUGCCAACCGCCUGCGUGCUGCUCGGUUUGGUCCCAUUCUGCAAGGCCUAGAGCUUGUGUGGCCAUUACUUAUAACAUACAACAUUGUAAGCCAUCUAGUUCCAAGUUAUGCACUCCUUACUCUGCAACUUUAGGCGACCAUGCUACCUGAGAAGGAGAGCAUGGCCUGUUACCUAGCAAACAUAUAGUACGAUAUGCAUCUUAUGGAAGCCAGUCCAGACGCGCCUGCGUUAUAGCCUGCCACAUCUUCUCGGCCACCUGCCAUCCUUUGCUCUGCGGGAGCCUCUGCCUCCAUAACGGCCCAGCUUGCGGCAAGGCGCGUCCCUGCAUAGAAGGAGGCAUCCAACAAGCCAGCUACCAGCAACACCUUGAGGAUCCAAACCGGCGGUCCAGGGACUGCCCCGAGGGUCGUUUUCCACUCCACUGCACUCCAAGUCAGCGCCGCACGCUAAACCAGCACUCCCCGCAGCCCUUCUCUUCUUCAGCCCGUCCCCACCAUGAUAAGGUCCUGCGAGGCACCUCAUCAGGGUCUCCCCAGCAGCCAAGGUCACCACCAUCACCACCACCAUCACCAUGACUGCCACCAUCCGGAUCCACAGCAGCAGCAGCAGCAAGGACAGCUGCAGCUGCUGCAGGGUAUGGAGCCGCAAUCGGCACAGGAGCUGCUGCACCACCGGGCUCGACGCAAGCGGCUGCUUGAGCUGAUGGGCUUCCGAGCCAAGCUGGAAAUGCCGGAUGAGGAGCCUAUAUUCAUAAAGAAGCUGGAGGAGGAGGACAUGCAGAACGCCGUCCCAGGUCGCUCGCGCGCCUGGAUCGGCAGCCGCACGCAGCUGGACCGGCACCUGGACCGGGGCGGUGUGAGGAGCAAGGGCGGCUACUGUCUGCUGCCGUUACAGGUUUUCUUUCAAACGGACGAGGAGGUCCGUGCGGAGGUGCUGUACACGGAAGACCUGAAGGACCCCACCAACAGCCAAGGUUUCUUCUUCGUCGAUCGUUUCCUCCAGCCGCUGCGUCAGCGGCUGAGGUUGCGUGAUGAGCUGCUUUGCUUCCCCACGCACAGCAGGAACACCUUUCAGGUGGUGGUGCUGCCUGACGUCUGCGGGGAGUGCCUGAAGCCCAUUGGGGACCAACUCGAGGACAUUGUCAUCUGCAGCAAGUGCCUUGACUUUGUGGACUUGACAUGCUCCGGACUGCCCGACAUUCCGGAAGAGGAGGAUUGGCUGUGUCGCCACUGCCGGGUCCAGGAGGACCAGGAGGUGCUCGAAGAGGAGGUGCUCGAAGCGGCUCCGGAGGCCGGAGGUACGGAGGAGCAGGAGGCCGCAGCAGGACAGCUAGGCGCCGGCACCGUGCUCCGCGCAGAGGUAACCCGGGCCACGGCCGAAAUGGCGGGAACAGGGAGCAUUUCUUUCUCUGCUGCGACCAUCACCGCCCUGCGGCAUCUUCAGCUGCUGCAGACGCAGGACCAGCAGCCGCCGCAGCAGCCGUUGGUCGCGGAGGCUGGUAUUAACAGGCAUGCCGCCCCUGCAACGAGUAACCCGGCGACGGUAGGGGCGGAGCCGACGCUAGGCCCUGGGGUUGCCGCAGCGCCGCCGCCACCGCCGCUACUUGGCGGCAACGGGGCGACAGUCAGCGCUGCCGCCGAUCCGCUGCGGUUGCGGUCGUCAGCAGUGGCUGAUCUAUCAGGACUGGCCUCAAUGAUACCGAUCACCAGUACCCUACCGCAACGGCAACCGCAGCCAGCACUGCCAUCGCAGCAACAGCAGCAACUGCCGCUGGCAUUGUUACCGACAGAGAUGCAGCCGGCAGCCAACAUGCCGGCGCUCGGUGCCACGCUCGGCGGUGUUGAAGCCGUACGGACUAACCGCAGCGCCAGGGCGGGUGUAGGCAGGCCGGUGGCGGCAGAGGUGGCAGGUGCUGAGGACGGCAGCGAAUAUGAAGCCUCGUCUGCAAGCUCUUCGGAUGCGGAAGACAGCGAGGGCGUUGGGGGUGGCCGGGGGCGGGGGCGUGGACGUGGACGGGGCGGGAGGGCCGGCGGAGGCGCAGGCAGGGACCGAGGGCGGGGCCGCGGCCGCGGCGGACGACCCAAGGGUCGCGGCAGGGGUCGCGGCAGGGCAUCUGCUGCCGCGGGACGCGGGGACGCCGAUACUGAUGCCGCUAUUGACGCACUGCUUGAUGGUGGGGCUGCUGCUGGGGGGUUCGGUGGGGCCCUGGCUUCCGUUGCGCCCCACGGUUCCUUUGCGGCGGCUGAGGGACAUGAGGUUCUUCUUCUGGGCAUGGAUGCAGGCUACGGAGGUGCCAGCGCAGCCGCCGCCCUGCUCCCAACGCAUCACACCCAUCCCCACGACCACCGCCACCAGCAGCAGCAGCAGCAGCUCUACCCGCAGGAGCAGCAGCAGCCAGAUCUGCGGGACCUGGGCCUCCUGCAUCAGCAGCAACACCACCCGCAAUACCUUGACCACCCACUGCUCAUGCAAGACCAGCUCCAGCAGCAACAGGGACAGCAACAGGGACAGCAGGGGCAACCGCUAGGAUUGCAUGAGGACCUACAUGCGGAUCCCCAGUUCACUGCAGCAGCCCCGUCCGGCCGUGGCGGCGGCGGCAGACGCGGUCGUGGCGGCCGUGCUGCUGCCGCUGCCGCUGCUGCUGGACGCCAGACGCAGCCGCGGGGCCGAGGGCAGGGGAUACGCAUGGGGCCGGAAGACGGCGAUAGUGAAGCCGAGGAGCUGCCGGGACAGCAGCUCUCGCAGGACUUCACUAGCGAUGUCGGCUUGGCGCCCCGCCGGCAGGCUGCGCGGGACGAGACUGCCGCAACAGCCGCAGCGGUGGCGGCAGCGACCCGAUGUCUGGGCGCUGCAGCUGCUUCCCCUGGCACACGCAUUGAGGUGGCCGCUGCCGCUGCUGCGAUGGCUACUGCGAACAGGUGGCUGGACGCUGCGACCGCCAGCGGCGCUGCUAGCGGGGCCGCGGCGGCGUCUGAGCACACCGCCGCCGCUGCUUCUGCGCCCGGAGUCGAUGAGGGUGAGACCACUCUGGAGAGCUUUGCUACUGCUGCUGCGGCGGCGGUGGCGGCGGCAGCGAUGGCAGCACAAGCCCCGGAACCACAGCCGGCAGCAGGCGCGCUAGCCGUACCGCCGCCACCGGCGGCAGCAGCAACAGCAACGGCGGCGGCAGCAACGGCGGCAGCAGCAGCAGCGGCUCGGCCUGUUCCAGUUGCUGCGGCUGCCGACCCUUCUGCUGCUUCUGCUGCUGCUCCUUCUGCUUCUCCUUCUGCUGCUCCUGCCGCGUCUGGUCACAGGAUGAUCAAGCUCAAGAGGAACGCAACAGCAGCACCCAACGCUGCAGGCGUUGCGAAUUCGAGUGCUGCCGUGGCACGUGGUGAUGCAGACACCGCGGGGGCUGCUAGGACUGCCGAGGCAGCAACAAGCCGUGGAGCUGGGCCGGAGGGGGGCACGGCGGUGGGAGCGCAGGCUGCUGCUCCGGACACAGCAGCCGACAGCGGGCAGGACAGGCUGGCAGGCGAGCAUGAAGCCGCAGGUACUGCUCCGGGAGCGGAUGCAGCAGCGGAGGUGGAACAAGGAGGAACGCGAGGUGAAGCAGAGCGCCGCGGCGGUGUAGCAGGCCAUGGUACUGCUACUACAACGACCGCUAUCGCUUCAGCUGCUGCUACCGCUCCAGCUCCUGCUGCUGCUGCUGCUGCUGCGGUUCCGGCUCCUGCUCUUGGUGGCCUGCCUGGGGGUGCAGGGGACGGGGUGGCAGCUGCCGUCGGAGGCAGUGCUCCAGACUCCACACGCUCCCCUUCGCCGCCGCCACCCCCGCCGCCGCCACCACCUGCGGCGCCGCCACCGCCACCGCCACCCCCGCCGCCGCCGCCGCCGCCGGCACCAGCACCGGCGGAAGGACAGCAGACGCAAGUACCGUCUUCAGCAGCAGCAGCAGGGGCACCAGCAGCAGCAGCCCCAGCAGCAGCAGCAGGGGUACCAGUUUCCGGCCCCACGGCUGCGGCCUCAGGACGGCUGGGUGGUACGGCAGCAGGUGGCCGGCCGGCACGACCAGACCUGCCGCACUUUCCCCGGACUGCUCGCUUGCCUGCCCCGGUCCUGGCACUCCUGAAGUCCAGCGGCCCUGAAGCUCCCCCUGGUGCAGCUGCUGGUGUUGGUGCUUCUGCUGGUGUUGGUGCUUCUGCUGGUGUUGGUGUUGCAGCUGGUGUUGCAGCUGGUGCUGCAGGUGACAGCGGCGGCGGGUCGACUGGCAGUGGUAGGACCGCUACCGCUGUCGUCGGCAGGCCGGGAACGGUGGUUGCGCCAGGGCGUGAUGGUGAUGGUGGUGUUCUUCCUGCGGCAGCGGUGCCAGACCCCAGUAGCUUGACGGCAGCACCGGCUCCUGCCUCUGCUGGUGUUGCUCCGGUGCCGCCCGCACUAGAGCGCCGAGAACAGCAACAGCAGCAGCAGCAACAGCAACAGGGAGCCAUUGCAAGCCAGCAGGCAGGGCAGCAAGGGGCUCCCGACAGCACCGCAGCAGCAGGCGGGGCAUCCGCACCUGCAGCAGCGCAGGAGGCUAAUAGGGUUGGUGCGACUGCUGCUGCUGCCGCUCCUGCUGCUACUGCUACUGCUGCCGCCGCUGCUGCUGCUGCUGACGGUCCACCAGCGGAUGCGGUGACGGCGGCCGCUGGGGCGCCGGAUGCGGCAGGCCCUUCCACAACCAACCAGGCCGCUAGAGCUACGGCUGAAGGGCCGCCGGUGCAGCCGCAGGCUCCGUUGGAGGAACAGCAGCAAGUGGAGGAGGAAGAACAGCAGCAGCAACAACAACAGCCGCAAGUAGGGCAGCAACAACAAAUACAAGGAGUACAGGCAAAAGGGGGCCGGGGUCGGAAAGGGCGAGGACGAGGACGGGGUCCUGCUUCCGCGGCAGCGGCGGCCGGAAGGACAGCAGCUGUUCGUGCUGCGGAGGAGGAGACAGCAGCUGCAUUACCGGCGACAGUGUCGAUCAGGGGCGGUCGUGGAGUGGCGGGGGGCCGCCAAAGGUCCACGGCUCGCCCUGGUAAAGCGGCACCGUCGCUUGAGCUGCAACCAAGUCCAGAGCCUGACCCGGUUGUGGAUGUGCUGGAUACCUCGUCUUCUUCCCCUUCCUCCUCCUCCUCUCCUCCUCCGCGUGGUGGUCAUUCGAAGCGCGGCGGGCGCCAGAGGAGCAGCAGCGAGGAAGGAAGCAGCAGUAGCAGCGAGGAAGGAGGUAGCAGCAGUAGCAGCAGUAGUGACGAUGAGGCGAUUGGCAGCUACGAGCAGCGCAAGCAGCAGCAGCAGCAGGUGCGGCAGCAGACCGGGGGGCCGCGGCAGCAGCAGGUGCGGCAGCUGCGAUCUGCCUUGGAAGGUCAGGAAGCGGAUCAACAUGCACCUCAACAUCCCUCACCGCCCAAGCGCCGUGGAAGGCUUCCGAAGACGAAGCAGCCGAACAAUUUUGCUGCUGCCGCUGCUGCCGCUGCUGACACCGCCGCUGCUGCCACUGCCCCCGCCGCUGCUGACGCGGCAUGCAACCCGAACCCACCCGAAACGGCCUGCCCACAGUCGCUGCCGCCGGCGGCGGCUCAACCCAAACGACGCGGGCGGCCGCCAAAGGCGCUGAAAGCAGCCAUGGCCGCUGCGGCCCAGGCUGCGGUUGCAGCAACCUUGGGGCAGUUGCAUGGCAGUGUGGAGACGGCAGGAGCCAUCCAGCAGACCGGCACGCCGCCGGGUAGGGAUAGGGGUGCUGCUGCGGGUGCUGGUGUUGGUGCUGGUGCUGCUGCUGCGGGUGCUGCUGCUGCUUCUGCCGAUAGAGGUGCCAGUGAGAGCGGAGGACUCCCAGCUGCUUCUCCGGCUGUUGUCCUGCCGAUGAAGAGGCCCCGUGGACGUCCUCGUAAGGACCAAGGAACAACCCCUGCAACUGCGGCCGCAACGGCGAAGCGGCAGCGGCGACAAGCGACGCAACCCUCGGGCCCUGCCGCCGCUGCUGCCGCCGCUGCUGGCGCUGCUGACGUUGAAGUGGGCGAUGAUGGCGUGAGAGGUGCUGCCGCUGCUGGGGUCGUCGUCAAGACUGAGGCGGCGGCGGCGGAGGCCGGUGCGGCUGCUGCUGCUGCGGCGGCUAGGGGUGUAGCGGGCGCAGCAGGGCCGGGUGCUGCUGGACAAGUGGAUGCAGUUGUCGCGAGUGCGCAGGAGGAGCGAGAGCAGGAGGAGCGGGAGCCUCAGGCAGACAGAGGCCGCGAGGGCGGCGGUGGCGGUGAACGGGAGGGUGCCCAGGGGACGCAGGACCGGGAGCAGGGUGAGCAGGGUGAGAGGCAGGUACCUAGCCAGGGAAAGAGGGCGGUUUCACAAAAAGGACGCGGCGGUAAGCGGGCGCGCCUUGCGACCACUAUCGAUACCUCAGCUGCAGCAGGGGCGACGGCGGCGGCGGCGGAAGCUGCGCUGCCAACCGCUACGGCCUCCGCUUCCUUGCGAAGCGUCUCUGUUAUUGCGGCGACGGCAGCGGCAGGAGAUACGGCAUCCAGGCAGCCGUCAGCAAACGGCGGUGGCAGCGGAGGCAAGGGCGCAGGUGUGGCUGCAACGCGUGCGGACGCGGGCGGUGAAGCUCUUGGAGCUCCACUUGGCGGCGGAAGGGCUCAGGGUCAGGGUCGCAGCCAACGUAUUGCACGUGGCAGGGAAGCUGAUGCAGACGCUGCCGAGGAUGAGGACGAGGAUGCGGGUGCCGGUGCCCGCCACCUUGCUGAUGCCAACGGUGCCGACGCGAACGGUGGCGGCGGUGGCGGCGCUGCGGCUGCGAGGCGACCCCCGGGUCGCCCCGCCAAGAAGGGCCGCAUGGAGGUGGCUCAGGGUGAGCAGGCGGCGCCCUCCGGUGCUGCAGUGGUUGCAGCGGGUACAGCGGCGCAAGCAGCGCUACCUCCCGCUGCUGCUGCAGCUGCUGCUACUGCCAGUGCUCCUAAUGCCACUGCUGCGGCGGCCGGGGCGGAAGCUGCAGCGCUUGUUCUCGCUGCGGACGACGCCCCAGUGGAAGCGCGAUUGAGGCAGCUGACGGCCCUGGUUCAGGCAGAGGCGGAGCAUUUGGGGCAGUUGGAGGCGUCAAACGCUGGGGCGCAGUCGCGUGUGAAGGAGCUGGAGGCGCGGAUAGAGCAGGUGCAGGCGGAUGCGGAGAGGAGGCUGGCGGACGCGGAGAAGAGACGUGAGGAGGCGCUGGCGGAUGCGGACAGGAGGCUUGCGGACGCGGAAAAGAGACGUGGGGAGGCGCAGGCGGAUGCGGAGAGGAGGCUUGCGGAGGUGCAAGCGGAGUCUCGGGCACGACUUGCAGAGAUGGAGGCUCGGGUGGCUGGGGCGGAGAAGAAGGUGGCCGAAAGCGACGCCCUGACUCAGGCCAUGACGCUGCUUCUGGAGCGGGAGCGAGAGAACGCUCGGCGGGUCGCCUCCGACCCAACGUUGGCCAUCAUCGACCAGUUCAUAACCCGGGAGCAGCAGCAGCGCAACGCGGCAUGGGCGGCAGCAGCUGCAGGCGCUGCAGCGGCGGCGGCGGCGGCGGCGGGUGCCGGUGGCGCGGCGGGGCCGGCGGCGCCGCGAGGGGCAGCAGGUGGUGGAGGCGCCGCUGGUAACCGCGGUGGGUUAUGAGGGGGUGCAACACACGUGUUGGUUGGAACAGUCGGACACGUGAGUUGACACUCAGCGAGUUGAUAUGAUGGCGGUCGGAUGGGGGUACCGGUGUACGGCUUUGGCGUUGUGAGGCCAGUUAAGGCCUCUGGCUGUGAGGGCUUAUGACUGAUGGGUAAGAGGGCUCGUGGUUGGGAAGGAGGGGGCCACAGAAGUGCAUACAUGCUGUCGUAAAGCGCAGCGGCAGCAGCAGCAGCAACAGCUGCGAGCAACCGGGGCAGAGGCAGGGAUAGCAACAGCAUGACGCAUGAGUUGUGUAGGGGCGCUUGGCGUAAGGCGUUUCACUUGGUCUUCGUGUAAGAUCUGGCUUCCAAGAGCUGCUAGCAUGGGCGGCAUUGUUUUUGCGGUAGCGGGCUAAACGGAAGCUGGUAAUGCUUGAUGUCCGCUUCAGCUUCCAACGAACCUGUCGCAACUAACAAUUUGCAGGUACUUGAUGAGAACAGCAUUAUUGUCCUGACUGACCCUGAAGUUGGCAGGGUCUGUCAUGAACGGCUUGUUGCUUGGGUAUGCGGCUUCGGCAAUGGACACGUCGCGUGUAAGGACAGCCCUUUGUCACGUUGCGUGAGACCAUCUUGACCUCGUACAAAUGUGGACGGUUAAGGGCGGUUUGUGGUUGUUGCUUAGACGUUGUUACUUCCGCAUGUGUUUUGUUCACUCUUCGCUGUUCCCAAUGGAGUCCUGUGUUGUUUGAUAACCGACAGCAGGGCGCCCUUUGUCGGGUUCAUAUGUCCAAACGAGGACCUUCACAACUCAGCAGGGGUGAGAUUGGCGUUCAGGAGCUGCGUUGGACGUUUUACUAUUGGUAUUCAAGUGACGUGACUCGGAUGACUGUGGUAUAAUUGGUGAUCAUGAGGAAAGAGGGUGGCAAGAUGGGUUGGGGGCUUCUAAAUUGCCACCUGAGCCAGGGCUCGAGCUUAACAGUUUCUAACCCCUG